AAAGUGGAGUUUGAUCGUGAGGACGAGUGGAGGAAGCUUCGAGAGAAUGAUUGUCCAGUUGUCAUUUCUCGCACGUUGCUUUGUUUGGCUCAGAGCACCUCGAGGCUGGACGACUGACUGAAUGGUGUCUUUACGUUGUUUACUACCAACACAGCAGUUGACGAAAUGGACCCUACACAUGGCCCACAAAGAACCAGUAUGUCCCCUUCUCCAUCGCCCCCCACAGGGGGCUCAGCUACCCUGGAUACUUGGGACAUAGUGGUGCUGGUUGUCUACUUUGUGCUGAUUCUGGCUGUUGGCUUUUGGUCCAUGUUCAGGACAAAGCGCAGCACGGUGGAUGGAUACUUCCUGGCUGGGAAGAGCAUGACCUGGUGGCCGGUGGGUGCCUCGCUGUUUGCCAGUAACAUUGGCAGUGGACAUUUCAUCGGCCUUGCAGGGUCAGGAGCUGCUGCAGGAAUUGGAGCUAUUGCAUAUGAGUGGAAUGGUAUGCUGAUGGUGCUGCUGCUGGGGUGGCUCUUCCUGCCCAUUUACAUCGCGUCUGGGGUUACAACCAUGCCAGAGUAUUUGCAGAGGCGGUUUGGUGGCAGAAGAACGCAGUUAUUUGUAACCGUUUUGUCCUUAUUUAUCUACAUUUUCACAAAGAUAUCGGUGGACAUGUACGCGGGUGCACUUUUCAUUCAGCUGGCUUUGAAAUGGAACAUCUACCUGGCUGUGAUCUUGCUGCUGUCAGUCACUGCUCUCUACACUGUAGCAGGGGGUCUGGCUGCAGUUAUCUACACAGAUGCAGCUCAGACGGUGAUCAUGCUGGCAGGAUCUCUCGCCCUCAUGGGCUUCAGCUUUGCCAAGGUCGGAGGCUGGGAUGCUCUGAUGGAAGGAUACUUUAAGGCCAUCCCUUCGAUCCGUGUCCCAAACUCAACCUGUGGUCUCCCACGAGAAGACUCCUUCCACAUCUUCAGAGACCCGGUUAACUCAGACCUGCCCUGGCCUGGAGUCAUCAUUGGCAUGUCCAUCCCCUCCAUGUGGUACUGGUGUUCUGAUCAGGUGAUUGUGCAGCGAUCCCUGGCUGCAAAGAACCUGAGCCAUGCCAAAGGUGGCUCACUCUUGGCUGCAUAUCUUAAGGUUCUGCCUUUCUUUGCCAUCAUGCUGCCCGGCAUGAUCAGCAGGAUACUUUACACAGAUGAUGUGGCGUGUGCAGACCCUGAGCAGUGUAAACAGAUUUGUGGAAACCCAGUGGGCUGUUCAGACACCGCCUACGCCAGGCUGGUGAUGGAGCUGCUGCCUGCAGGGCUGAGAGGUUUGAUGAUGGCCGUUAUGAUCGCUGCCCUCAUGUCCUCGCUGACCUCCAUCUUCAACAGCUCCAGCACCAUUUUCACCAUGGAUCUGUGGAAGAGUGUCAGGACCAGCGCCUCCGAGUGGGAGCUCAUGAUCGUGGGCAGGGUGUUUGUACUGGUGCUGGUGGUGGUGUCGGUGCUAUGGAUUCCCGUCGUCCAGGCCAGUCAGGGUGGUCAGCUCUUCAUCUACAUCCAGUCCAUCAGCACAUACCUCCAGCCUCCCGUCUCCAUCGUCUUCCUCUUGGGCUGCUUCUGGAAGAGGACCAAUGAGAAGGGUGCAUUCUGGGGUCUCGCUAUCGGCCUGGUGAUUGGCUGCAUCCGCAUGUUGUUGGACUUUAUUUAUGCUGCGCCCCUGUGCUACGAGGAGGAUAACAGACCGGGGGUGUUAAAGUACGUCCAUUACCUUUACUUCUCCAUGCUGCUGUCCUUCAUCACUCUGGUUGUGGUGGUGGUCAUCAGCCUGGCAACGGAGGAGCCCAAACCGGAACAGAUUAGUCGUCUCACCUGGUUCACAAGAUUUGACCCAGUAGAGCCCAAAGAGCAGGUCUUCUCAGUGGAGCAGAGUAAAACCACCCCAGAGGUGAUAACUACUCAGACAAACAGGAUGGACGUCACAGGAAAAGAUGAAGAGAGGUCCAAUGGAAAAGCUUCUCAUCCAAGAAAAGACUCCUCAUCCUCUACGACCAGCGUCCAGAGCCAGUCCAGGCUGAUUAGCGCCCUCUACUGGCUGUGUGGGAUGGAGCGAGGGAACGAGGGAGAGGAAAAUCCAGCACAGCCUCUCGUACCCGAACAGGCAAUCGCCUCUCUGGAAGAAAAUCCACGUAUGCGACUCAUCAUCAACAUUAACCUCGUCAUAUGUCUCAGCGUGAUCUGCUUUAUGAUUGGCUACUGGGGCUGAAGGCUGGUUAUGACACAUGGUGUGUGCUGUGGUUAAAGUUGUUGUGUACAGAUAUUUACACCUUAUUUUUGUCUUAUUAUGCUGCUUAAAUGAACACAAUAAAAGAGAUAUAUCCAAAA